ACGUAGGCAACGUUAUCUGGUUUAAACUCACUAGUGUCUGCAUUGCAAGUAGGCACUCAGAGCCAUGGUGGUCUUGGGAGUAUUUUCUCCACAGCAUAUCAUCCUCCCUUCUGUUCCGACCCCUCAAACCCAAAUGCCCCCUCAAACCCAAUAUUUGACAAGGCGAAAAGCAUUGAUAUUUACUUCUUCUUCACUGCUUUCCUCUUUCAUAUAUAAUACAUCUCAUCAUCACUCUCCUGCUACUGCUACUGCCUUCCAAAUCGAUCAACCUCAACAAGAAGAAGAUACACUAGUUCACCUCUUUCAGGAAACUUCCCCCUCUGUUGUUUUCAUUAAAGACCUUGAGCUGGCUAAAGGCUCCAAUGACUCUACUAAGGUGCUAGCUAAUGACGAGAACGCAAAAGUGGAAGGGACAGGUUCGGGCUUCAUUUGGGAUAAGUUUGGUCACAUUGUAACCAAUUACCAUGUCGUUGCAAAAUUAGCUACUGAUCAAACUGGACUGCAGCGUUGUAAGGUUUCUUUAGUGAAUGCUAAGGGAGAAAGCAUAGCUAAGGAAGCGAAGAUCGUAGGUGUUGAUCCUGCAUAUGAUCUGGCUGUUCUCAAGGUUGAUGUUGAAGGUGAUGAAGUUAAACCAGUAUCCGUUGGCAGUUCUCGUGGCUUACGUGUAGGUCAAAGUUGUUUUGCCAUUGGAAAUCCCUAUGGAUAUGAGAACACUCUGACAACUGGGGUGGUUAGUGGAUUAGGCAGGGAAAUACCUGCACCAAAUGGAGCUGCCAUUAAAGGAGCUAUUCAAACAGAUGCUGCUAUUAAUGCAGGGAAUUCAGGUGGACCGUUGAUUGAUUCAUCUGGUCAUGUAAUUGGUGUAAAUACAGCAACCUUCACCCUCAGAGGCUCAGGUAUGUCCUCGGGGGUAAACUUUGCCAUACCGAUUGACACAGUUGUACGGACCAUACCUUUCUUGAUCGUUUAUGGAACAACUUACAAAGACAGAUAUUGAAUAUCUGUAGUCAGUAAGUUACUUCCGCACUAGAUGGUUUUGCUUGAUCCCUUCUGAUCCUUACUGCAGCUUUAGCGUGUUCAGUGCAUGGUAUCGAACUUGACAAAAAAGGCCAUGUUAUUAACUGCAACCUUUGUGGUGCUUACUCCAUAUUUGUUUUUUUGUUUUUUCACAGAAUAUGUAGAUUGAUUGGAUUCAAGAUGUUGUGAGCUUGCACUUAGUUAUAUUCAUUUCAUUUGUUCUCUCUGAAAUUUUCUAUGAAAGAUUAGACAAAGUAGAAACCAAUGAGAUCAAAGCUGUGUCUUGAGUUC